GUCUGAUUCCACUGAUGAGGAUGGACAAGAUGAUAAAAUUGUAGAUAGUUCCCCAAAUAAUAGAUUUCAAAAGACUCGUGUUUUGCUGGGUAGCGGUGCUUAUAAAGUCGUCUAUAAAGGGUAUGAUACAGAAGAAUGCAGGACUAUUGCUUGGAAUGAAUUAAGAAAUAAAUGUUUAAGUGAGGAUUCGCGCUUUGCUUUUAAAGCUGAAGUUUCUUUGUUGAAGCAUGUAAGACACCCGAACAUUCUUGUGUUAUACGAUUGGUGGGAAGUCGAGAAAAAGAAAAAAGAUCGAUCCGUUUAUCAAAUUGUUUUUAUAACGGAAAUUAUGUCAAGAACUUUAAAGCAGCAUAUUAAAAACUUAUCACAAGUAAGGCCGAAAGUUAUACAAAAUUGGGCCAGGCAAACUCUCAGAGGAUUGCAUUAUCUUCAUUCCAAUACUCCACCUAUAAUUCAUCGAGAUUUGAAGUGUGAUAAUCUUUUUAUAAACAGCGAUCGCAGCGAAAUUAAGAUUGGUGAUUUAGGAUUAGCGACAUUUAAAAAUAGUUCUCAUAAAGAGUCCUGUAUAGGCACUCCUGAAUUUAUGGCGCCUGAAAUGUUUGACGGGAAAUACGGCGAGGAAGUCGAUAUUUGGGCUUUUGGCUUGACGGUGCUGGAGAUGUUCACUAACGAGUAUCCCUAUAAGGAGUGCGCCAGUAACGUGCAGAUAAUGAAGGCGGUGAUCUCGGGCGUUAAGCCAGAAAGUUUGAAGAGAGUGCACGUGGAGAGCGCCAGGAAAAUGAUCGAGUCAUGCUUGAAUUUGGACCCUUCGAAAAGAAAAACGACCAGCGAGCUUUUGACGUGCGACUUUAUUAGCAUUGACCUUCCCGAUGAUUUGCCCCCUUCGCCAGAGGAAAGUGUUCAUUCAUGCUCUGGGGACAGCCUUAACGGGAGCGUUCAGGAGAACGGCUUGAACCAAUCGCAAGCCGUAGCGGGCUGUAACGGCUAUAGCGAGCCUCCUCUUUCCGAAGAAGGUUCUAAAGGAGACGCUGUUGUAAGACCAAAUGGAGCGCUUGUUAAUAUUGGUGCUACUCCUAUUCAUUAUGAAGCAGUUUUACCAGAAGCUGACGCUGCUUUGGGCAUUAAAAAUAACGAAAAGGCCACGAGGACGCCCAUUGUUAAUAAGGAACCAUCAUCAACCCACGUGGAUGUUAACACCCACUCCAAUGGUGUGCAGGCUUACCAUGCAUCUCAAGAGGGACACCACGUUACCGAACCUGCUUUCCAGAAUAGCAGAGUUCGCGUGCUUUUCUUUGAAAAGACGGGCGAUACUUCACUCCACAUGAUGCUAUCCACCAAGUCGUUGGAAACUAAUGUAGCCGAGUUGGGAAGAAAGGCGGUGCAUUUUUCAUUUGAUAUGACACGUGACAAUUCACGUGGCAUUGCUGAGGAACUGAUUCGAGCUAAUCUUUUGUCGGAAGAAGACGCUGAGGCGGUUGUUGAAGGAAUUGACAAGAUUAUUGCAGAGCAGAGCGUCCCUCCUCGCGUACAAGCUACCGCCCCCGCUUCAAUGCUCGUGCAGGACGCCGCCUGUUCUCAAGAAGAUAGCGGGAAUAUUAAUAACUCAGCGGUUUCAUCGCCCAUCAAUGUACCCACGCGUCCUCACUUAUCCUCGAGUCACUUGGAAGGUUCCUCCCUGAGACCGUCACCCUCAUUAACGGUAAUUGAAGAGCAGAUACACGUGCCUCAGGAAACUUAUAACCAGCUUCAGCAUGUUAAUUCCAUGAAUUCGCAGUAUUUUUGUCAAGACCAGCAGAAUCACAUAUCGCAUAACGCCGACCUCUAUCCGUCGCCGCAGUUCCCCGCUGGCUAUGUCCCCGCACAACCCACCGGGGUAGCGCCCGCUACACUCCAGCAUGGUCAGGAUAACGGCCAAUUCCUCGGCCAGACCGCUGCUCUACCCGCCGAAAAUUUUAUAAAGCCGAUUAAUAUGGCGCAAAAUAGUUAUCAGGAACAGAUUGUGCAUCAGCAAAACGGCUCGGAAGGCGUUGCUAGAGAAGUUAAGCCCAAUGAGACUGUGUCUAGCUAUACUCAAGCAGGACAAAACUAUAAUAUUCAUAGGGAUUAUUAUAACAACAACUCUACAGAAGGAGGCGCGCAGGUCCCUUAUAGUGGCUCCUUAGAGAACGGUCACUAUAAUGAGCAACUUAGUACUGAGUACUGUAAACAGCAGCAGUCUCUUCAUUACUCGACCAGCGAAGGAUACUUUGAAAGUGCGCACAUAUAUCCUCCUGGUAGCACAUCUUCCCUUCGCCAGCCUGGGAACCCGCACCCUUCAUUUGUUUCUCAAAAACCGCAUUCGUACUUACUAACCCAAUCAGCAAGCGAGGCUACUCAUUCCAGCCAGCCACUUCUCCCGCAAGAUUAUAUUUAUCAAGGCGAUACAUGCUAUGCCGUGAAUCCCUCUUAUCAAGUUGGCAAUACUCCUCAGGUUCAGGCGUACACUCAUUUUCUUUCUCAGGACCAACUUGGUUACUGCGUUCAGAGCCAAAGUGGCAUGUACUCUGUACCUAACGACCUUCAACCUAACGCUUACGUUUCACAUCCUUACCUUCACCCGCCUCUCGUUUCUACCUAUAGCCAAUUACCCAUACAAAGUCACCAGCAGGCACAGUUUCCAGCUUCUGACGUCGUUCAGCACAUCCCCGUUGCUCAGGAGUCGUCUGCUGACCUGCAACAAGCCAACCAAUACCCACAGCCUACCCAACAAGCAUAUGAUUUGGCUACUUCCAUGCCCUACCCGCCGGGUAUUGCACCUGAAAUUGUCUCGGGCACUUUGGUCGAAACCCCUGUACACAUCCAAAACCAGAGUUCUUAUAGUGACCAUCAGAUACCUACCGAUGCAGAAAGUUUUUCUGCUCAAGAGCCGUCCUCGGAUCUGCAACAGGCCAGUGAAUACUUACAACCUAGCCAACAAGCAUACAACUUGGCAACUUCCAUGGCCUACCCGUCGAGUACUGCACCUGAGUUUGUCUCUGGCACCCCGGUUGAAGCUCCUGUAUACAUUCAAAACCAGAUAUCCUAUGGUGACCGCCAGACACCUACCGAUGCAGAAAAAUUUUCACGCGAUGAUGUUUGGCCUCAGUCCGAAGCACCCGGCCAGCCCUUAAAUAUAACUGUUCUUCCUGAGGAAGACCAGCGCUCUUUUCAACAAACCCAUAAUUUUCCCACGUCUCCUUCUUUGCAAUCCCAGCCAUCUGCAGAAUUUCAACCGCUUUACGCCAGAGCUUUGCCAGAGCUAGACUUGAAUGAUCUGCCGUCAGACGGUAUUGAGAUAGUAAUAUCACAGCUUCAGAACCAAAUAGAAUUAUUAAAGUUGAAGCAACUUCAAAGUCAAGCUACUGGUUUAAGAGAACCUCAUUCGCAAUUGCACGAAGAACCACCCCUUGAGCCCACUAAUGUGGGUUUUUCUAAACUCACCACCUUGGAAACUAGCGAAAACCAAGGCGUAGUGAGGGAGUCUUUUAUUGAACACCAAGAAGGUGGGGAAGCGCUUGCUCAGUCACAGAUUCCCGAGACGGAAAUACCUAACCGGCCUCAAAGCUCACAGAACUGCGAAGAGGAGAGGACUUUAUUAUAUAAACAGCUCAAUCAUUUGGAGUUACUUUUAAAAGAUCUCAGGGAUAACUUAUUUUCCGGGUUACAUUCUACUUGUCCCUUACCAAAAAUGAAGGAUGACAGCACUAUCGAAAGCGUUUCGCUUGAGCCUUCGCCGAAGUUGGCGGCUUACGAUGCGCUACAAGGAAGUAUGGAAGAAGAAGACAAGUCCAAAGUGAGCUGUCCUCUAAAAACUUGUACUAGCCCUCCUCCACUACAACCCUUUCAAAUGGAAUUUUCGCAAUGCCAUUCCGAACUUUCUCAUCCCCCUUGUCGUUGCUUUCAUUUUAAACAAGAUUACUGUAGAAGUCAAGAUUCUUUGCGAUUUAGAAAUCAUGUAUAUCCGUGCUAUUCGUCUCCACAUUGUCGCUUUUCUAAAUUGAGUUAUACCGAACAAAAAAGUCAGCCGCCCACUGCCAGUAACAAAACAUACUCCAAGUUAUACACAUCCUAUUCCCAGCCUAAUGCGGGAUGUCCCUCUCCGUCUAUCGAAAUGGAUCCUUCCCUACAAGAGAAUCGCCCUGGCACCGACUUUAAUACCGCUCAACAUAAUGCUACAAAACCUCUUAAUAAAAGGCAGAAGAAAAUACCAGAACAUAGAUAUGCUAAUUAUUUAAACAAUGACUCUGCUAUCAGCCGGGAGCUGCCCUUGUUACUUUCCCGGCAGCAGCAGGAGAUAGUACAGCUUCAAAGUCUCCACCGCAGGGAACUUCUUAAACUUCUUCAACCUCAUAUUUCUAACGGUUUUUCCUAUGAGAAAGAUUACCAUUUUUCCAGUUCUUAUGGAAACCAUGCAAAUCCUACUCCAGCUUCUCGUUUUUCUGGAGUUGAAGAAGCUAUUAAUGUUCGUCCCCAUCUUCCAUAUCGUGAAGGUUUUGGAACUUUUGGCCCUCACCGAAGGAGGCCAUAUAAUAGUAAUCAUGGCUGUGAAUCUGUUCUGGAUUUUCACAACCAUGAGAAACCUUUACAGAAUUUUGAACCUAAACUUGAAUUGCAUCCAUUACCGGGGUCUCAGGCUAAUUACCGGCCUCAUUUUAUAGAAAAUAUUUCCUUUCGCAAUAAGCCCACUAAUACUUAUAUGAAUCCUUUAUACUCUGACUAUUUAAAUUUGGAUUUUAGGACGAGUUAUACUCGUCCUGACGGUGGUGUUAAUUCUGUGGAAUGA